CAAAAAUGCUAGUAGUACACCUGCAGUAUAGUACACGCCCGAGCCAGAUGUACUGCGUCAACGUAUUGGCUGCACGACCUUUUGUUUAAAGAAGAAUUCAGACAUAGUCAUCUUUGGAGGAGGAAUGCAAUGGUAGGCUUUUGAUUCUUGACGCAGCCCCCUUAUUGCCACAAAGCGGUGUCUCCUUUGUUCUCUUAGAGAUUUUAGGGAUUUGCAUUCCCUGACUCGACGUUCGAUUUGAAUGCUGUUGAAGGAUGUGUUUUGAGUAAUGGUGUGUGGGCGUGGGCGGCUCGUUGUGAGGCAAUCUAAUAUUUUAGUUAAUAGAUUCUUCUCUAAUGACUCGGUUUAAAAGUCCGCUGGCUACAGGAUAUAAGAACUACAAAGGAUUUGGUUUCUAUCUCAUCCAAGAUAUUCAAGAAUGGCGUCCUCCAAACUCGGCUCUGCAGUAAACAAUCGCGACAAAAAGUCGAAAAGUUCAAGCAAGACCGAGAUCGAGACGCUCCAGCUAGGCGUCUUCCGGGUUUUGCUUGAGAAACGAGUGUCGUCUUUCUUUGCUCCUGACUUCGCAGAGAGUGUGGAAGCGUGGCGUACAGGGCUCAAUGUCCUCAAACGACUUGUUGAGGACGUCAUCAAACUUGCGCCCGUGAUGCUUUCUAUCAUGGCUUUUGCAAAGGUAUGGGACUCGCUUGAAGAAGUCGUACUUCUGGGUCUGGAAACCCGAAUGCUUCAAAUCAUUGAAAUUGGGCUUAGUUCAAAAGAUGGAAUAGAGGGUCAAGCUCUGAUCAUGGCGGUUGUGGCGAGGAUGGUUAUUGUGAUGUUCUCCUCUCUGAUAGAUCAUUGGAGUCGGGACAUGGAAUCACGGGCCAAGACUAGAGUGUUGCAUCACUACGACGACUUCCUCCUCGUUGCCAGAUUCCGUAUGGACCUUCGCACAAUACAAGAUAAUCGAACUGAUGAUCACCUCAACGCGACAAUACCAUGGAAUGCUUUCAGCGCAUUGCUCGGGCUGGGUACGAAACUCUUUGCAGUAGCCAGCCAGCUUGGGUUCAUGUUCCACAUUGUCCGAUCUGGAAACCAUGGGAUAAUAUUCGCCACAUUAUGCCUCAUAAAGCCUGUGAUUGGAGCUUUUUCUUCACGAAAUAUGUGGUCAAUGCGUCGCGUUGUCGAGGCCACCAAUCCUGAUUUUCUCAGAAUGAAAUCACUCAAAAGCCUGGAGUCGAAAGAGUUCAGAUCAGAUAUUUUAAGUGGCAACUUGAUUCAGUACAUCAUCACCGAGUUUCGAAAUGCUCGAAGAAGCCUAGGAGAGAUAUCCAUGGAAUCACCCGAAAUGCAAUAUUACACAAAAGGCACGGUGAUUGCAGGUUUAAUCGCAGGUUUUGUUGGAGAUUUUCCUCUAAUGUAUUAUGUUGCUAUCUCCUUGCUUCAACCCUCCUCCAUGAGCCUGUCCACCAUUGCUUCUUUACAGCAAUCAGCCAUUCUACUACGAUGGCUUUUCUGGAAUGUCUUCUACCAAGCAAACGAACUACGCCAAUACACCAGCCGCACGCAACACCUUUACGAUCUAGAGAAAACACUCCCCGUGAUCAAGGAAGGUGAUAUUUCGUACCCGCCCGAGAAGCAUUCAGGCAAAGGUAUGGCUCUUGAACUGAAGGAUGUUUCAUUUUCAUAUCCCGGAAGUAAGGAAGAUAAGAAAGCUCUGAGUGAUGUUUCAUUCCGAAUUGAGCCUGGGGAACUCGUCGUGAUUGUUGGUGCUAAUGGAAGCGGCAAAUCGACGUUCGUCAAACUCUUGACUCGCUUGUACGACGUAGAUGUUGGGACUGUGUUUGUUGAUGAUGAAGACAUACGUCGGUACAAAAUCCAUGACCUCCGAAAAUCCAUCGCCACUCUCACGCAGGAGCAUUUGCUUUUCCCUCUCUCGAUCGAGGAGAACAUCGGGCUCGGUUACCCGGAAGCUAUGACAAAUGUCGACUUAAUCAACAAGGCAGCACAAAUGGGAGGAGCGGAAGAGAUAUUGGAUCAACUCAACAACGGAGCGAAAACUAUACUGGAUCCUUUCUCAAUCCAGUACGGUUCUCGAGUGGAAGAAAAUGAGGGGACAGAAUUGUCUGCAGCGUUGAAACAGCUCAAGAAAAAAGUAGAAGUGUCUGGAGGAGAGCGACAGCGUCUAGUGGCCUCCCGAACAUUCAUGCGCUUCAACUCCGAAGAUAUAAAGUUUGUAGCUGUCGAUGAGCCAAGUUCAGCGCUUGAUCCAGAGGGAGAGUUACAACUCUUCAACAAUCUGAGGGAAGCAAGGGACGGCAAGACCAUGAUUUUUGUCACCCACAGAUUUGGACACUUGACGAAAUAUGCAGACAAGAUACUGUGUAUGAAAGAUGGAAAGGUGGCCGAGUAUGGCUCGCAUGCCGAGCUUCUUGCUAAGAAGGGAGAAUACCACAAGAUGUACAAGAUUCAAGCCCAGGCUUUUGAAAGUUUGCUGUGACUCAGAGUUAAUCAACACUCCUCGAGGAUGAAUUGGAGAUACAAUAUGUACAUUCCCUUGAUGGAUAUGUAGAUUUUGCUUUACCAGAAUUACCUAGUC